AUCUUCAGGAAUUAUUUGUAGUGUUGAAUCUAAGACUCCUGUAUCACCGUGUACCAUAAGAUCAUUUACUUGGACACAGCUUCAAAAUGGUAGGCAAUAUUUUGGUAUUGCCACUGCUGUUUCAGAUCCAUCAGACUUCUGUGUUCAGUUGGAAGAUUUCUUUGACACAAUGAAAUCUCUCUUUAUGUUGCUUUCUGAUCUACCAGAAGACUUACAAACAGUGCCUCAAGAGCAUAUAAUUCCCGGUUCUAGUUGUUUGUUCAAAUAUGAAUCGGAAGAUCAGUGGAAUAGAGUAGAAAUUUCCGAAGUCUCUGAUCAGAAUUUACUUCUUAUAUUGAUUGACUAUGGAUUUUCUGUUUACAUACAUUAUUCAGAUAUAAAAAAUCUUAAAGUUGUUCCUGAAGAACUUCUGAAUUUGCCGAGGCUAAGUUACCCUUGCAUCUUACAUGGUAUCUUACCUGCUGAAGGGAGACAUUGGAAUGAAGAAGCCAAAAGAUUUUUUCAAGAUUUCCUGAGUAAACCAGGCUUAGUGUUUCAGUUUAGGGAAUACAGUUUUGAAACAAAACUGAAGGUAGACAUCAUUCAUGAGAAAAACAAUUUGGCAGACGUGUUAGUUGCCUCUGGUCUUGCAAUUUAUUCUAAAGAUUCAGCUCAUCUCGACACAGUUACUACGACUGGAUCUAUUGAAGUCCAAUAUAAGUCAGAGAGUAAGCCUAUAUGCCAAUUGUUAGAUCAAAAUAAUUACAAAAUAGAAAAUAUAAAUUGUACACGCACUGAGAAGCAAGUGCUAAAAAAUCAGAAAACUAUAAAAAGGAAAGACGUCUAUAAACACCUCUUAAGGAAAAGCCAUAUUAGAAGAUUACAGUCUGGAAACUCAGUACUGAGGAGGAAGAAGGUUGAUACUGGAAAACAUAAUCCCCGAAAUACCAUUACAUUUGAUACAUGUGCAACAGCUUCAUUUUGGGAGCUACCUAAUGGUUUGAAGAAUAACACCAAUUGCACUGAAACCAUUUUUGCAAAGCUAAGUGAAGGAUUGCAGGAAAAUAAUACAGUGGACUUAAGAACAACAGGAAAAGCACUGCAUGUUAAUGAAGUAAUGGUAUCAAAACAUUUGAAAGUCCACUCAUGUUGGUUAGUGAAGAGACUUAAAACAAUGAUUGGAACUUCUCCAUUCAUAUGCUGAGAUCUUCAGGGCGAGAGGUGCUGUACUUGAGGAACCACUUCUUGGGAGCUUAAUCUACCCUUGGACCUGAUUUAGAUAAUGAAGUUCAAGAUUGUCCUGAUGCCAUAGUGGAUUGAGACUUUGCAGGUCUUGGGGGAGGGUACAGUGUAGUCUGCAUAUGGGAAUGAUGUGAAUCGUGGCCAGAGUGAAGACUGUGUUAUAUUGUAUUAUCCAAAGAUUGUCACAGUAAUAUUUCCAUUCUCACAUGCUUUUAUCCAGCGUGCCCCUUGUCAUUCUUCACCACCUGGAUCUUAACAGGCUUGUGAAUGCUUUGAUCGAAACAUAGGGGAGCAGUGAUGCAGCGUGACCUUACAAGACUGGGUCAUAAACAGUGAUGCAACUUUCACCUUAUUUUCUGAAACUUUUGUACCUGGUGCCCUGGACCAUCAUGAAAGAAAUCUACGUUUAGCAUUUAGGCUGGGAAGAAACCCAAGCUACGUAAAGAUUCCUGUCAGCAGUUCCAGACCCCAGGCAUUUGAGUUGUUCUUGCUGAGGCCAUGGGCAUUGUGCAGAGACAAGUCAAUUCCAUCAUGCCCAGAUUCCUAAGCUGCAGGAUGCGUGAACUUGAUAACACAGUAGUUUUAUGUAUUAAACUCUGAAGUAGUAACUAGAACAACUGGAUAACUUAAAUACGUUAUAAGAAUCAUUAAGACCUUUUGGUGUAUAGAUGUGGUAAAGAUGCUUAGUAAUGUAUACAGUAUGAGUUUCAGUGAAAAUGUUUAUGACACACAUAUUAGCUGCUUAAUGGCUUAUUUAUUCAGUUAUUUGGUUUUGGGAUACCAUGUCAUGUGACUGUGUCAGAGUUCUAGAUAAUUCUUAUGCUAUUGUACAUUAGUGUGUACUGGUUUAUUUGUAAACAUUCUAUUCAGUUUUCAUUUUGUUCUACUUGAUUAAAAAUUCAAUAAAUGAUUCUUUCAA